AAUUUACUCAUAUAAAUAGAAACAAAAAUGCUUUCCCGAUUAGUAAGAAGCAAAACUGCAAAACUAAAAUGGAGAUUGAGAAAAUAUCAGAAAGCUGCAUUAAACCUUCUUCACCAACACCUCCUCAUCUCAAAACCUACAACAUUUCUCUAUUAGAUCAAUUUCUAAGCAACAACUCCGACAUUCCCUUGAUCUUCUUCUACCUCAACCAACACCCGCAUCCCGCCGAUCAUGAUUCCAUCUCAGAAAGGUCACAGUUGCUUCAGAAAUCAUUAUCCAACGCCUUAACACUUUAUUACCCACUCGCCGGCAGAAUCAAAGACCACCUUUCCGUUGAUUGCAACGAUGACGGCGCAUAUUACGUUAAGGCCCGGGCCACUUUUCGUCUUUCUGAAUAUCUUAACCAACCGGAUCAUCUCACGUUAAUGUAUAAAUUGUUGCCGAGGCAGCCGAGUUGGUACGAACCGUCAGCCGCCGGCGCAUAUGCUGUAAUGAUUCAGGAAACGGCGUUUGCAUGUGGAGGCGUCGCUAUUGGUCUAUUUGCGUCGCAUAUGGUAAUGGAUGCAGGUUGUUUGAUUUCUUUCAUAAAAACUUGGGCUGCUUACUGUAGUAAUACUAAUACUACUGUUAGUAAAGAGAUCAUAUCUCCCAUUUUUGAGGGUGGGUCUGUAUUUCCACCGUUUGAUGAAUUUCCGAAAGAAGCAAGUAUGGUGGCUUUCGAUGAAUUCUUGGUCCAGACGGGGAAUCUUGGUACGAGGAGGGUUGUGUUCAGCGAGUCGGCUAUUACCAAUCUUAAAGCAGAAGCUGCUAAUUCAAAUGUAGAGAAGCCAACACGAAUCGAGGCGGUUUCUUCAUUUCUUUUCCAGUGCAUUUCGUUUAUCCUCAAUUCAAAAACAGGAAUCGAUGAGAAGCCACUUGCAUUCACAUAUAUUACGAGCCUGCGCCAGAAAACUGUACCACCGCUGCCCAAGAAUUUAUUCGGGAACUUCAUAGUGAUGGCGCCUGGUCUAUGCUCCCCUGACGAAACGAAACUAACAAGCAGCUUAGAGUGCAAAGUAAGGGAAGCAAUCAAGAAAAUAGAUGUUGAAUUUGUGAAGAAAAUACAAUCAGAUGGUGGAUUUUCAAUGCUUCAUGAGAAGAUGAAAGAGACGAUCAAAACAGUUAGCUGUGAUAGAGUGAAUUUUGUUAUGAUCAGUAGUCUGUGCAAUUUGGGGAUAUAUGAUAUUGAUUUUGGAUGGGGAAAGCCUCUGUGGGUGACUUGCAUUGAUUUACCACCUAAUUCCACGGAAUACUUGAAUUCAAUAGUUCUUUUGGAUUCAAAGAUGGGGAGAGGAAUUGAAGCUUGGGUUUUCAUGGAUGAACAAGACUUAGUUUUGCUUGACAAAUAUGUAAAGCUUCUUCAAUAUGCUGUUAUUAAUCCAUGUCCUCUCUCAAACCAGGCCUUCUAAGUUCUAAUUAUUCCAUCCUGAAGAACAACAAGACUUGCUUAGUUAGAUUCAGAUGAAGUUGGUUCUGCAAAUUUUAAUGUUUUAUCUGUAAAACUUCUUUUCAUUUGUAUGUUUACGUUGUUCAUCCACAACUACUAUAUGCUUCUUUUUUUAAUCA